ACUACACUCAACAGACAACGCUUUUAUUUGUACAAUAGCGGGCCAUGCAUCUGUAGCGACACAUUGGCCUGAGCAAUGCUUCUCAGAAAGGUCUGCGUUCUGGUAAUCCUCCUCACAGGGGCACUGGCCGAUCUGGACACCAGUCAGCGAGCAACAGGUUCCAGGAAAUGUGCGAGAACAUGCAAAGACACAUCCAAGUUCAAAUACGUCCCCGGGACGACUUAUGUGUACGAGUACAACGUUCAGACCCAGACGUCCAUGGUGGGAGCUUCAAGCGACCAGGCGUCUCUUGGCAUCCAGGCCACUGCUGACAUCGAGGUGCUGUCCAAGUGUGAGAUGGUUCUAAGGCUACACGAUGUCAAAGUGUACCGAUCUGAUCCCUCUCCUUCGAAACAAAUGGAAAAUGUUGACGAAAGUGGGGAAUUCAAGAGGAAUCUGGAACGAUCUCCACUUCGCUUCUCUUUCCAAGAUGGCGUGAUAGAGGAACUGUGUCCCGCUGAGGGUGAAACCACGUGGGCCCUCAACAUCAAGAGAGGUCUUCUCACUGCUGUCCAGAACAGUAUGGACAACUUGGGUAGAGGCCAGAGCGUCUUUGAAAGAGAUGUCACGGGUGAAUGUCAUACUGACUACAAAGUCAUUCCAGGAUGGUUUUCUUCUACAAUUAAAAAGAUAAAAGAUCUCAUAGGCUGCACUGAUCGUACUGGUUAUCACAGCUCAGUCCAUGGCAUGCCGUACAGAGUUCCUUCAGAGAUCCAGUCUCUGCCCCUCAUGAAGAGUACACACGAAUGUGAACAGGAACUGGACAAGAAUGGACUCCUCAAGAGUGCGCUCAUCCGGGAGACCCACACAUUCAGGCCCUUCUCUAGAGCCACCAGUGGUGCCACUACCAAAGUCCUUCAGAGACUCAACUACAAGACUCAGAGAUCUGGUAUUACCACAAGACAAGAUAUAAUUCGGAAUCGAGCAGGAAUUACGUUUGAACAUGCCCACGGUCAAAGAAACAAAGUCCAACCAACGAGAGAUGCUGAGAGUAAACUGCAAGAGAUCUGUCAGAAUACACGCGAUGACAUCCGCCCCGACACUCCACGCUUGUUCACUGAACUUGUCUACAUUAUCAAAAACCUGCGCUUUGAUGACAUCAACAGUAUCUACGAGCAAGUUGAAUCUGGGUCACUCUGCACUGGUAACAACGAGAGAGUUAAGCGUAUCUUUCUGGACACUAUCCCGAUGGCCAGCACAAGCGCAUCUGUUAGGCUCUUGAAAGAUAUUCUGCUGAAAAGAGAGGUCACUGGAGCACAGGCAACCAUGUGGAUCACAUCCCUGUCUCUUAUCCACUACCCCACCAUGGAGAUGUUGCAGGAAGUAAAGGCACUUCUUGACACCCCUCAGUACAGCAAGGCUGCCAUGCUUCCAAUAUCCACUAUGGUCAACAACUAUUGCAACCAUCACGAAGACUGUUCUGUGGAAUCCACAAUCACAAAUAUUAUCUCUACCAUGGAGAAGACUAUCGGUUAUGGCUGCUACAUCAGAGAUUCUAAUCUGGAGACGAGUCUUGUGGCCCUUCGUGCUCUCGGAAAUGCAGGCCAUCUGGACAGACUGACCACUACACUCAGCAGCUGCUUCAACAGACAAUCCAACCCCAUGGAGGUCCGAGUAGCUGCCAUCCAGGCCUACAGAAGACUGCCCUGUACUGCCGAUAGAAGCAAAGUUAUGACCAUCUACCAAGAUUCCGAUGAGGAUUCCGAGCUGAGAAUUGCAGCCUACUUGGCUGUAAUGCAGUGUCCAUCUGAAGAUGUCUUCAGCAGAAUCCAAGGUACUCUCAUGUCUGAGAAAGCUAAGCAAGUGGGAUCCUUCGUCUGGUCUCAUCUUACUAAUCUGAUGGAAACAUCCAGUCCACAGAAGCAGACCAUCAGACGGAUCUUGGAGGACAAAACCCUUGGAAAAAAUUUCGACCUCUCAACACUAAAGUAUUCCCGCAACUACGAAGGCUCUCUAUUCCUGGAGAAGUACAACACUGGUGCCAUGCUCGAGAGUAAUGUCAUCUUUUCAGAUAAGUCUGCCCUUCCUCGUUCUGCAAUGUUCAACAUGACAGUUGAUCUCUUCGGUAGCUCUCUCAAUCUCUUUGAAGUGGGUGGACGUGUGGAAGGCGUGGAGUAUUUGAUUGAAAAAUACUUCAGCAAAUAUACCUUCUUCAGAGAUUGGCUGCCGAAAAAUGAUGUGGUUUCCGACAAUGUUUCUGACUUGAAACUUGAUAUGUACAUGAAGAUCUUUGGGAAUGAAAUGUACUAUGGCCAUUACAAAGGCGUAGAUCCCAUUGCUUCUGUCAAGAACUUCAACUUACUGGACUUCCUUAUCAAGAUGUCCAAGAAGCAGGAUUACUCCUUCACUCAGAGUAUGAUGAUCCUGGACAGUAGCAUGAUUAUCCCUACCAGCUCCGGUCUCCCCCUGACUCUCAACGUGAACGGAACAGCCAGCAUUGAUCUUCAGGCAUCUGGUCAAGUUGAUCUUCGAAACAUUUUGACUUCGCCACGGAGUCUCCUCAUUGAUGGAAUCAUGAAGCCAAGUGGAUCUAUUAAGAUUACAGGCACUAUGAGCAUGGAUGCCUUUGUCACCAAAACCGGCCUUAGAGUUGUCAACACCUGGCAUUCCAGCACUGCACUAAAAGGGCGUGUAGAACUCAGACGUGGAAAGAUUCUUAGUGCAGACAUUGAUCUCCCACAGCAGAAAAUGGAAAUCCUGGAUGUGAGCACAGAAUUCUUCAGCAUUCAUGGUGAUCAGGAGCAAAAACAAGACUUGGUCACAGGAAACAGAAAGAAGCUGGAACUGUGCACAGGAGCCAGACUUGCCACCAUGACUGGUCUUGAGCUCUGUAAUGAAUUCCAGUGGCCUAGUACUUCCAUGGUAGAUGAUGCUCCAUAUUUCCCCUUCACAGGGCCCUUCUCUCAAAGCCUUGUUCUUCACAAGAGGGACACACACACUGGCUACAAACUCAUGGCUAAACAAUCAGGGAAUAAGCAGAACACGUUUGUGCAAUUCAACCUGAACACACCUGGAUCCAGAACUGACCGCACCAUUGACGUUCGGUUUACUUUAAAGAGGAAAACCAAAGAAUUUAUGAUGGAAGCAUUCACCCCCUGGAAAAAAGCUACCCUUAAAGGUUCAAUGAUAUCUGAGAAGAAAAAUAUUGGCUUGAAAGGCCAGUUAACUGUUGACAAAUCAUCAGAAUAUAUUGUCAUCGGUGAAGUUGGCAUAAAGAGAAAAAAGACAACUGUAACCUACAUGCCCCGACUAGAGAUCAGGCGUCCAAGAGCAAAGGUCAUCCAACUGACUGGAACAGUAGAGACUGAAGUAAACAAGAAAGUCAGUGUUGAGUUAACGCUUAAAGGAUUAACAACAGAAGCCGUGAGCUUGAAAUCCUAUUUGAUGAACUCUAAAACUGAGAGGAGUCUAAAGGGUACCUUGAGUCUCGCCCCAGAGGAGGAGUACGUUCUAGAGGCCGGUUAUGUGUACCAGGAGACUGGCAAGAAGAAGCCAAUCAUCAAGGUCAUCCCGACAUUAACGAUGAAGACCCCAAAACGUGAGCUGGUCUCACUCAAGGGGGAAUGGGAAUAUAAGGAGAGCAAAUCACUUCAGGGAAGCGUCACUUUCGAUGUUCACAAACUUCUUAACAAGCCAAUUACAUUUCAAUGUGAUAUGUACCAAAUAUCUAGUAAAAAGACAAAACACUCGGCAAAGGUUAUUGUCAGAUCUGAGUUCCUGGAUGCCAAAGUCAUUGGCAAUGUGGAAAGUACGAAGAAAACAGUUAACCCCACAGUCACCGUGGAGUACACACUUCCCGAAGCCUACAGAAGCUGGAACAACAAGCAUACAAUCAGGUCAAAGCUGACAGAUCACAAGACGAAAACACACUUAAAGUCAAAGUUCCAAAUGGACUAUAAAAACCAGGAGCGCCCGCAUCUGAACGUGUUUCUGAAAGGUGACGUUUCCCACAGCACGAGGCAUACCAAAGCAGAUGUCACAAUAAAGUAUGGGGUCAAGGUUGGACACCCUGCAAGACACAUCACAGGAUCCGCUUCGAUAGAUCACCAUAUGAACAAACGGGCAGUCAAUGUCAAAUACAAACUGAAGACUGAGAUUGGUCCAAUGGAUGUCAGUUUCGACAUUCAAGGUAAAUAUAAUGGAAACUCGCGCACAAUAGGAUCAGAACUCGCUGCAAACUACAAGAAACUUACAGUAUCUACUUCAGUUGAGUGUCGGGUCACCACAAACACAAAAGAGACCACAGCAGUUGUUGAAAUCAAGACACCCCUUCACCAACUUAGAUUUCUAAAUGCUGAAGUAAGCCUAGAUCAUGAUACGAAGGUGGCUUCUUUAGUUGGAUCAUUUUCUUCGGGAUCAAACGGAAAUCGGAUGUCCUAUGCAAUCGAUUUUAAGAUGCCAUCGAAUACUCAUAACGGGUUGGCAUUGUCUGCUGUCGGAGUAUUGUCAUCUCCUUCCAACAGUGACAGGAAGUUUGAAUUGCAUUUUCACCAUGUUGGGGGUAUUGUCAAUUUUAAGACAAAUGCAAGCCUGACAUAUGCUAAGAGUAAAAAUAUAAAAGGAGCUAUUUCAUUCUUAUACAAUGACCUGGCUCAUGUCGAAUUUGAGGGCGAUAUCACAACACCUUUUGAAGGAUUUGAAAACAACACUGUAAAGUAUCAACAUUCGUUUAGUAAAUCUGAAGCUGAUUUGACUGCUGAAAUCACAAAUGGUUUCAGCAAAAGGGCUACAUGUAUGUUCAGCUUCAGUCUUGCCAGCUCUGCAAACGGCAGACUAGCAAUGUCACUGAAGACUCCAUCAAGAAACAACGUAGUGUCGUUCACCUAUACCGGCCCUCUAAAGAACUGUGAAGGCAAAACUGAAAUCCAAGUGCUUGGCUAUACUCAUUCAGUGCAUAUUGUCUACAUACAUGGACAGAAAAUUAAAGUUGCAUUAACAUCUAAUAACAAGAGUAUGCAGGUACUUAAAGUGCUUUUCAACUUUGAAGUAACACCAACAAUGCUGAAUACCAGUGCUUUAUACACAUUCGAAGGUUCCACCUUUGAAGGUAUGGUUGUUGGCGUCAAAGAGGGAGACAGAAGCAAAAUGGUUUUGAAAUUAAGAACACCGUUCCAAAAUUUUCGUGAAACAGGACUUUGGUUCCAAUAUACUAAACGUUGGAGGAAUGACUAUGCAGCCCUCCGUUACAUGGAUGGCAGAGAAAUAACAUUGAAUAUCACUAAAAACAGAAAAUACGGAUCAUCUGGUUCCAAUUUUCGGUCCUCGGAGUUUAUUUUAAUAGAACUUAGGACUCCAUUUAAAAAAUUUGAAAUAUUUUCAUUUAGGUUUGAUGGACUUCUUAUGCAUGGUAAAUUAUAUGGAAAUACUACAUUAAUGUAUGGAAACCACCAGAAAAUUACCAUAGACUCUAUUGGGAUUGAAAAAGAUCCAGUUGGCCCUUCGAUGACAUUUCUGGUGAAAACACCAUUUGAAAAGUGUAAAACAAGCAAGGUUGUAUUUAGUGGUCAUAGAACAGGGUCAUAUUUUAAUGGAAAAUUGUACAUUGGUAUUGAUGAAAUGAUAAUUACACUGUAUGCUACCAUUAAAAGGAGCUACAAAGUGGGGAACAUGACCUUGCACACCAAUUUCCAUGGUUAUGAAGUAAUGGAAGGAACCUAUAACAUUUCAGACAGUAAUCGCGUAUUUAACGCCACAAGUACGUUUAGCAUACAUAAUGAAACACUGGGGACUGAAUUUGUAAUUGACAAUAGGGAUGGAGUUCACUCACAUCUGACAAUUUGGACACCUGCUGAGAACUUCACAAACAUUGGGUUUACAUUGGGUUAUGGCAUUGAAAGAAGAAAUGAUAAAGUGUAUGAACUUAAUAUUCGCUACACAGACAACGAAGUCAUUACUUUUAGAAUUACUGCCUUUCCACGCAUACAUGGAAACGAAUCAUGGAAAGUGGAACUAAUAACACCAAUUACUGGUUAUGAGAAGCAACACUUUCUCUUUACAGGUCGUUCUCAGGGUCGCAAAACUUUUAACUUUAGUAUAACACUCGUAACUAGUCAAGGGGAGCAACUGACUCUAAGUUCGGAUUGUGUUUUGUAUUCAUUUCUUGACAUAGAUUUAUUUUACAAAUCUAAAGAAAUUGAUGGCCGAGAUCUUGUAAAACUUUCUUUUAGAAGUUCGUAUGUACAAAAUGUUACACUCAAAGUUGAGACAAAAGUGCCUUUGGUAGUGCUUGGAAAUUGUGUUUUAGAUUACCAUCACUUUAUUGAUGAUGGAAGUAUUAAGGGUGCUCUGAUGUUAGAAAGAAAUGGGACCAAAUACAUUGCUACCAACGUUAAUGGUAUAGUCAACACAAACAAAUUUCAUGGAAGUGUAAGCAUUAACUCAGAUGUUUAUGAUUUUCGCAACAUUACGGUUGUGCUCUCAAAAGAAGGAGCCUUAAAAAACCUGAGAGCUAAAUGUUUAAUACUGGUUGAUGAAUCGACAUAUGACACAUCACUUACACAUGUAUACAUUCCUGGAAAACUACGAAAUGUUAGCGGGGAAAUGAUUCUCAACUGGGACAGAAACAAUCCUGAUAGCAACCUUCAAGUCCAAGCAAAGCUAACUGACAAGAGCAGACAGUCACUGCUAAACAAAGACGUGACAUUGAAGUUUAUUCAUCCCACUCGCACUGGUGGUAUCACUGGAAAUGUCCUCAGUUCACAGCGCCAAAAAAAGAGUCGUGGAGAAUUCAUCUGGAAUGAAGAUGCAGGACACAAACUUUUCUAUGAUGUGGAUGUUAAGGGCCGUAACCGCCGUUACAGCAAGAUGUAUGAUGGCACCUUUAAAGUAGGAUCCCCACUCAGAAGUCUCCAAAUGGAUGGGUCUUACAGUCAGACACGUGCAAGCAAAACCCUUGAUGGAGCCUUCUCCUGGGAUGCAGACAGAGAUGAUACAAAGAAGAUUGGCAUGAAAGCUGUCUUCACCCCCAGUGACAAGAACAAGCAGACUGGUCUCUCUCUGAGAUUUCCUUCUAUUGGCAAGAACAUCAAGGUCGACACGGGAUUGCUGCUAAAUGAUGGCAGGACUGUCUUCAAUGGAAAAACACUACUAUCCUACACCGACGACGACCGGAAAACGAUUACCCUCACAUGUAGCGUGGGUGACAUUUCCUCUGGCUACGGUGACACCAGGUACAGUCUUGUGGUUGGCAUAAGCCACCCAUAUACAGAUGUGGACGUCAAACUUACAUCCCACAUCGGCAGCUCCAGCGAGCAGGUAUCUGCUGGAAUAGAAAUGAUCUACCUGACAGCCAGGAGGGAGACAAAGAACUUUGCACUCAAAGGACAGUUCGAUACGGGAAUGCAAAUGUUAAAGCUUAAAAUGCAAUGCCCAAUUAAGGAUCUGGAAGCCUCUGCUGAAAUGGGAGAGAAUCCUUUCAAAGUAGUGAUCAACAACAGGACACUGAGCACUAUAUUGUCAUCUUGGAAGGCGGUGGAGUUUGCAACACGUUUUGACCUAGAUAACCCCGGAGAUAUGCUUCACGUGAAUGCCAGAUACAUCAACUCAAGUGCCAUGCAGACUGAGGUUUAUCACCAGGAGAAUUCCCAUCGUAUAUCUGACAGUCUUGUUGCUCUCAGACUCAACAAAUCCCGUCUUCUCCAUACCAGGAUAUCCUGGAGGCCACAGAUGAUCGCUGAUGUUCAGGCGUACUUGACUAGGAAGGUGGAGAGGUACGGACAAAAUGCAAAGGCCACUUUGGACUCUUUGUACAAGUCUGUGGGCGAGGAAUUGUCAGGCAAAUACCACCAGAUUGCACAAGCCGCCAAGGAAGAACUGCCUCCCUAUCUAAGACUGUUUGUGUCAGAAAUGAUUAUCAUAGAGAAGCAACUGGACUCUGUCAGGACGGAUAUCAGGAGCAUGUACAAACGCAAUGACUUCUAUCUGGCCGACAUAGGAGACUAUCCUGAAUCGGCAGAGAAGCUAUACAAACAUCUUGUGAAGACUAUUUUGGGAAGAUUAAUUCGAGGCAGUACAUCUAUGAGAGAACAUCUACAGAAUGCCAACGACUUGAACGUGAAAGAGAUCUAUGAUGACCUGCUGUAUGACUGGGUUGUCCUUGCAAAGGAGGAAGUAGACACAGCAGUAAAUGAUGUCGUAGAGAUGAUCUCAAGGUUGGAUGACAUGAUCGAGAAAAUGUGGGACGCCUAUCAGCACCAUUAUAACAUUGUACAGACAAAAGCUACUGCGACAGUUGACACAAUCUUGGACCUUCCAAACAUCGUAGAUAGAAAGCUCGAGAUAUCUAAUUCCAUAUCUCCAUACAUGCACCGUCUCGCCAGAACUACAUUCAGGACGUAUGACAGCUUCAAGGACAUGCUCAUGAAUUCGGGUGACAUGAUUAGUUCACAUCUGAUUGAUGCUGAACAACGAAGCGACCUACAGAUGCUGGUCUCUAUUACAAACAAUAUAUAUGAAGAAGGCGGAACCAUCCUAGAGGAACAUCUGCAGAAGAUCCCGGACCUCGUCAAGCGGGAGGUGAAGAACUACACGCGUGAUGCUCUCACAAUGUAUGGCCCCAAGAUCACUGUCUGGGACCCAGAACAUGGAGAGAUCCAGAUGGAAUUAAGCCUACCAAUAUCCCUUCGUUCUCUGGACACAUUACCCGAUGUCCAGCCAUAUGUCCAGAAGGCAAAAACAGCGGUCAACAAGUACAUCCCAGAUAAGACAUCGCUCAAGAAAUUGUACAAGAAGUAUUCAGCGUGGCGGUCUAACAAGACGAAAGGAGCUUGAACGUUUUGUGUCAGUGGUCAACUGAACGAUUUCUGACUGAAACCUAUUAAUAUGCUUAUUGCCCUAAGCAGCUGUUCAAAAUGAACUAUAUAUAUUGCAAUUAUUAUUAAAAUUCUGACUUCUAGACAAGCCUGUGCAAAAUACCCAAUACAAAUCCAAAACAACUACCGUAUCCGGAGGUUUACUGACUAUAUCAAAAGCGUGUAUUUCAAAUCAGAAUAAAUUAUUGAUGACAUCAGGGGUUCGCGACAAGAUAUAUGCAUGAAUAAUUCAUCUUUCAUGCAUAUCCUUUCGGUUUUUUUAUUCUCUUUAAUCUGGAACAAUUGCGAGCGUGUCAACUUAGAGACUGAGAGAUAAUGUUUAUUACCUGCACUAGACGUGUACAAACACCUCUUGAGAGAUCGAGGGAUUUUAAUUGCAGCAUGCUUUAAUGAUUUGAACCUUGGCAUAGAUGUCCUGAAUGAAUAUACGCAAUAAUAUGCAAUAUUUGCUUUUAUUGCCAUUCAUAUGUAUUUUGUUUACUGCAAAUAUUCUGUAAUGCUUAUUAUAUAGUAUUUUAUGUUAUAAAUGCUUAGCACGAUUAACAAGAUUCAAAGUAUAUUUUUGUUGCUGAAACCUAUCAUGCUAAAUACCAAAAUCAGAUUUUUAAAGUACAUUGCAGUUAUUAUCAUUCUUAUUAGCUCUAGACAAGCCUGUCGUCUAUAAUUCAUUAUCUUUGUUAGAAUGUGGAUGAAUUGUAUAGCACAACAUUAUGAAAGAAAUAAUAAAAAAGCUUUUCAUGAUUUCCCAUGUACGAUUCCGACUUUAUCAUAAGCAUGUGUUUACAAGCACUAUCAAAUUGUUACGGAGACAGGUGUAAUAUGUAAUGUAAUAAAGGCUUAUCACUCUU